AUGCAGUACCGCAUGCAGGCCCGCGAGGGUCUUGGAAACCAGCUUAAAACACCUCUUGACCCGCAGCCCUUCCCAAUAACGUUAGCUGUCAAUGGCUGCCGCGGCCAUUGUCAUGCCGAUUGCCCCUGCUGUGGUACACAUGAAUCCACCAGUGGGUGCCGCGCUCGUCCCUCCCCUUCGGAUUCAUUUUCUCAAGCAUGUGCUGCUACCACAAAGAUUCCGCAGAAGCCAACAUCGUGGGACACAGGCCUUUGGCAAGCUUUACUGAAUCUCACGAAGCGUAGAGAAGUUGACAUUACUGGUGGGCAAACCGCCAUACACCAGGGAAACGUUCUGGAAGAACGGAAGGCCAAAGAAUCAGUGAACCAUCUUUAUUGUCAUUUUCACUGCUGUUGCCACUCCGUUAGCUCGCCGUCACCCUUAUUAAAAGAGGUUAAGGAGAUGAAAAAGAAGAUCAAAAGGAAACCAACGUCUAAUAAUGCGGAAUCUGAAGGUGAUAGGCAAACGAAGCGUGACCAAGAGGACAACUAUGCAUUCGAACCAUGGAUCGGUAGGCCACCUUCUAGGUCUCAAGAAAUACUCGAUCAGAUCGUAGCUCAAAAAACGUUGCGGCGGCUCGAAGAGGAAAAGGCAGCACUAGCAGAACUUGUUGCAAAAUCAGAGGCCGCGCGCACAGCCACAACAGAGCCAGCGGAGGUUAAAUCUUCGCCUAGCCCAACAAUUCUGGUGCAGUUCUGCGGUGGGAAGGUUUCACGCGUUCUGAAGGACGCCGCCACCGAGGUGAAGAACGACAACAGCGCCUCUGCACCAUCAGCAUCCACCACAAAUGUACUAGUGGCCCCUGGUGAGAAAUUUCCCUCUUAUCCCACCCCAGAUACUCCGACCCCCGUCCCUGCCACCAAAGUCAUUCCUCCCCCACCCGUGGGGCCGGCCUCAUCCUCCAUGAAAUCCACGAUCGGAGAUGACAAACCCAUGCCUGGCGGCUCACCCCCACAGCUCUCACCCUCACCCGCCGAAAAGCAGGAAAGGAUCCUCCUGGAACGCGCCAACCAGUACGUGAUGACGUUAGAACGGGAGGUGGAGCACCGUGGGAGGCACUUUGAUCUUGCGGUAGAGCAGCUUGCCGAGGAGGAGGCUACCAACACGAGGCUCCGUCACGACCGUAAUGCCCUGCUCGAGCUUAAUGAAAAGUUGGAACGGGAUAACGCGCAGCUCCGCGCGGCGUGGGGCCACAUCGAAGAGAGGCACCACCGGUAUCAUGAUCGGAUCCACUUUCAGCCCUUCCACCCGAAUGGUGGACGUCAUAGCCCAAGCACACGUAGCAGUACCUCCAGCUCUACGAGCAGCUUCUCUAGGAAAACGACCGAGCACCGCCAAGAGGUGGACCCGACACCAAUCAAUGUGGAUGAGUUUCCAGAGGAGGUCCGUGCUGCGUACGCCGCCGCUGAUACCGUUCAGUCUGGUACGAUGGAAAAGCCGCCCGCGGGCCCGCCCCCUUCUGCUGAAACACCGCCAAAGGUAGAAAUGGCCGCGGUUCCGUCUUCGGUGGUUCCCUCGCGAGAUCCCCAGGGCCCGUCCGAAUCCGCGCAGCGCUCCGUCAUGCAGCAUCUGGUUAUGGCCCAUGACGCCGCACAGAAACGUCAGAAGGAACAGCAACCACCGCAAGGGCAAUCGGUGGGGGUCGCUCUGACAGGCGGAAUCGAUUCCACCGCCGCAUCCAGCGUGCAGCGACGCCCUCCGGACGCGACGGCGGCCGCCGGCAACCCUAGUUUAACCCUGGAAGCGCAGCGCUUGGCUGCAUCCACCACGAAAUUCGACGGUUCCUCCCAAAGCAGUGGGCCCGUCCCCCCGGUUGGUGUCUCCGAAGAUCACGCCCCGGACGAUGUGGGGGUGCCGCAGAAAGAGUCACCAAGCUAUACAUCACGCAUUCAAGACUUGGAGCGUUAUGUGGACCAUCUUAGACUCCAAGCUGAGGCAGGGGCGGCUCGAUUACGCCAACUACCCCGUCAGUUGAGCCCCCAAGCGGUAGAAUCGUCUUCCAGCCUCCCGUCAUCGGCACCACCAACGAAUCCCCCUGGGCUACCGCCUUACGUCUUUGUUCCCUCAGUUCCAUAUCCCCGCAGAGAUGAAAGGAUUGGAUUUGAUGGUGCGAGUCCUGGUUUGGCACCGUACGAUGCAGUUAAGCCACAGCAGUUUCAGCAAGCACGGAAGGCAGAACAAAUUGCGAAGCUGAAGGAAGAACUUGCUAUAGAGGGGGAGCGUAUCGCUGUCGAGGCGCAACGGUGGCGGGCUUUUGUAGAACAAAGCAACUUUAUGAAGCCGAAAUCAAUUGAGAAGUAA